UUCAGUUACUUUUACUUCAUUCCGUAAUGACCGUAACAUGACGAAGCUGUCAUUUUGUUAUUCUGAAAAGUUUUAAUCAUCCGAAGGUUUUUCUAUAAAGCUCUAAAGACAAAAUAUUACCAAAUUUAUUCAUAAAUUAAUCUAAUUUCCCUAUCGAAAUAAAUAUUUUCCAAGAAGAUUCUUCUUCAAGAGUUGAUCAAAGAUUAUAUUUUACGUAUCUAUAUUUAACACUUAUACUGAUACUUUCGCUGUUUUAAUAUAGUCCAGCUUUAUAUACAUAAAAUCCAGACAAAUAAAAAAUAAUUUCAAAGCACUGAUAAGAACAAAGAAAACAACAAGCGAUUUCCUCGCUUAGUUCGCUUCGUAUAACAAAAUUUUCUUUGUGCCUUUUCUCUGAUGGUAUAACUCAUCAAUACAUAUAUAUUAUAUAUUUUAGAAUCGCAAUAAUGAAGUCGCAGCAAUUUGCACUGCUGAUUGUUGUAAUUGGAUCUGUUUAUGUGACCAGCGCCUUUCAAAGUUCGUCAAAUAUUAAUCAAUGUAGCAAGGGGCCAGCUAAUUGGUGCGCAAGCAUUAGUAAUGCUAAACAAUGCAACGCUGUUAGACAUUGUAUUCAAACUGUAUGGGAACAACAUGAUGUUCCCGAAGACAAUGACUCCAUUUGCAACAUCUGCUUGGACAUGGUAAAGCAAGCCCGUGACCAACUUGAGAGCAACGAAACCCAAAACGAUCUCAAGGCGGUGUUUGAAGGAUCCUGUAAACUUAUCUUGCUUAAACCUGUUAUCAAGGAAUGUAUCAAACUGGCUGAUGACUUUAUUCCCGAAUUGAUUGAAGCAUUGGCUUCUCAAAUGAAUCCCCAAGUUGUUUGCUCUGUUGCUGGACUUUGUAACAAUGCAACAAUUGACAAAAUGUUAUUGGAAUCCGUAACAGCGACUACAUCGUCUCCUAUAACAAAUGAACUAGUUCCAACGACACGCCCAGAUAACUACAAACGUAGAACUUUAUCUUGUGAAGAAUGCGGUUAUGUGUCUUCAAUUAUUUCUACCAAAUUCAAAAUCGCUAGUCGAGACGAUUUGCUAGAAUCGGUUCUCAAUCUAUGCGGACACUCUGGUUCCUUCUCGGAUGCCUGUGCAAACAUCGCUCUUACCUAUUUCAAGACAUUGUACGACUAUGUGGAAUCAAAUGUUGAUGCUAAUGGAAUUUGUCACUUAUCCGGCACAUGCGUUGCAAAAUAUCAUCAACACCCCGAAGAUGUCCAGAUUCAGAAUUGGUCUAGUGUAGGAGUUUUAUCAUCGAAGGACGACAUUCCAUGCGAAUUAUGCCAACAAUUGGUACAUCACCUGCAAGAAGUGCUCACAGCAAACACUACUGAGCUUGAAUUCAAACAGGUUCUUGAAGGACUAUGCAGACAAACUAAAGGUUUCAAAGCAGAAUGUCUCAGCAUUGCUGACCAAUACUAUGACAAAAUUUACCAAACUCUUGUAAGCAAUUUGGAUGCAAAUGGUGCAUGUUUCCUUAUUGGAGUUUGUCCUAAAGGAAGCACAGGUGGAUUCUUGGGCCAAAAGGAUCUUAUGCCAUUGAUCCCAUACGUUGAACCAGCAAAAAUUAAUGUUAAAAUUAAUAAGCUUGACAAGAGUGCUUUGCCAGUUUACACUAAUGAGCAAAUCAAUUCUAUGCAACUACCUAUUGACCUUUUGACGGUACAUAAGAUUCCAAGUGCUAUGUCUGGCAAUGCAGAGUUAUGUACAUUGUGUGAGUACUUUUUGCACUUCCUUCAAGAAACUCUAGCUACACCAGCAACAGAUGAAAAGAUUAAAGACACAGUUCUACACUUGUGUGAUAAAUUUCCAAAAUCACUGCGUGCAGAAUGCCAUAACUUCGUCGAAAUGUAUGGAGAUGCUGUGAUUGCACUAAUGAUUCAAGGAUUUGAUCCUCGCCAAAUGUGUCCAAAAAUGGAAUUAUGUCCCAAAAACUCUGAUGUAGAUGUGGCUGUGAAGAGUGAAUCUGACAAACCAACAUGUCCAAUGUGCCUAUUUGCUGUCAAACAAGCUCAAGAACUUAUUCGGGACAACAAAUCAAAGACAAAUAUCAGAACUGUUUUGGACAAUUUGUGCAGUCAUCUGUCUGGCAAGAUUAAGAACGAAUGUGUGGAUUUUGUUGAAACCUAUUCAAAUGAAUUAAUUGACAUGCUUAUUACCGACUUUACUCCUCAACAAGUUUGUGUUUAUAUCAAACUUUGUACUUCGGAUGUAAAAUCAUUGGAUUGGGCCAACAUUGAUAUUGAUGAUGAAGAGUUAAUUGAUGAUCUUUUUAGCAAAGAGGAUUCAUCUAGCGAAAUCGAAGAAGAAAACAAUUUCAGUCCGGAAUGUCUUUUAUGUGAAAAAGUUAUCUCUGAAGCUGAAAAGAAAAUUGGACCAGUAAAAACAAAAGAAGAUAUUGAAAAAGAACUUUAUAAGGCAUGUGGCAAGUUAAAGAAAUUGGCAGAUAAAUGCCAUAAAUAUAUUGAUGAAUAUGGCGACAAAAUUGCUGGACUGAUUUUAUUAGAAAUGACACCUAAACAAAUUUGCAGAGAACUUGGUUAUUGCUCAUGGAAAAAUAUAGAUGCUGACAUAAGUAUGGAAACUAAACAAACACCGAAGGAGAAUAAAGUUGAUCCCCCACCUUGUGUACUUUGUCAGUUAAUAAUAAAGAAAUUGGAAACUCAGCUAAAUGACAAAAAGACAGAAGAGGAAAUCAAACACGAAGUAGAAAAUAUAUGCAAGUUAAUCCCUAAAAAUAUGGCCGGACGUUGUAAUCAGUUUAUUGAAAAAUAUGGUGACCUUAUUAUAGCAAUGGUACAGACUGUUCCCCCAAAAGAAAUUUGCAAAAACUUAGGACUGUGUCCAGUAAAAACAUCCGAAAAAAUAACUACCGUUGAUCCUCCACCAUGUGUGCUUUGCCAACUCAUAAUUAAACAAUUAGAAAAUCAGCUGGUGGACAAAAAAACCGCAGAGGAAAUCAAACAUGAAGUAGAAAAUAUUUGCAAAAUAAUGCCUGAGAGCAUAAGUGCUCCUUGCAAUCAAUUCAUUGAAAAAUACGGAAAUCUUAUUAUUGCUUUGGUACAAACUGUUCCACCGAAAGAAGUUUGUCAAAAUUUAGAACUUUGCUCUGGUCUUGAGGAAGAACUAAAUGAUGAAGUAGUUGAAUGUGGAGUUUGUCAUGGUGCAACUAGUCGCCUUUUGACGUAUAUCAAUGAAAAGGAGGAGAAACAAUAUAAAUCCCAAACUAUGACCGAAACUGUUUGUAAUGAUUUGCCAGCAAAAUAUUACAAAAAGUGUUCCGAACUUUUGAAAUACUAUGGUAAGAGUAUUCGGAACAUGAUCAACCGCAAAACUGAGCAAAGUAAAAUAUGUGCUAAGAUCGGUAAAUGCUUUGAGGAGGAGAAUUCGGGUUUGUCGUAUGUAAAAAUUCUAUAAAUUUUAUUAAACUAAGAAGUUACUUGAUCUAGACGAUUAAACUAUUUUUUUCUGGAUCAUGGAUAAUUGGUGUGAGCAAGCGACUGAAUGUUAUGGAAGCGAAUGUAGGAGAUAACUUUAUAUAUGAAUAUUAAUUUUUAUCAGCUUGCGAGAGUGUUAUUACUUAAAACUUUUUUCUUUCUUUUUUCACCUUUGUAUUUGAUUUAUUUUGUUCUUCUAAAUAACUAUAAAAUAUAAUAAAUUUCAAUUUGUAAAUAAUACACAAGUUGAGUGCACCA